UGAUGACGUCGUGAUACUCACCUGUACGUCGAGAACGUCAACACCCCCCUCAACGCCUCCUUCACCUGUCUCAGUAAGAUUUGGAGAAAGUUUUCAUACCACUGGAAUAGUCAACGCGAGCCUGUGAGGGAGUCGAGAGGAUUUGGUGUGUGGAUCUUCAGACUUGGACGAAUCUUCUGGGAGUGACGGGAGAACGCGACGAGCCCACGGAGUGCAGAGUGGCCCUUUACAGGUGUGUUCACUUUGUCGCUGUCAAAUACCUCCAGGCACACAGAGACCAGGCAUGGAGGAGCUGACAAUAUGGGAGCAACAUACAAUAACACUGAGCAAAGAUUCAAAGGUGGGAUUUGGCUUUGCCAUAUCAGGAGGCAAGGACAAGCCUCAUCCGGACAACGGGGAUACAACAGUGGUGGUGUCAGACGUGCUGCCAAAUGGACCAGCCAUGGGACGGCUGUUCAACAAAGACCAAAUUGUGAUGGUCAAUGGAGUGUCUAUGGAAAAUGUCCACUCUAACUACACCAUUCAGACCCUCAAGUCAUGCGGCAAGACUGCAAACAUAACAAUAAAACGUCCCCGAAAGAUCCAGAUCCCAGCAACUUCCAGACCGUCUCGGGCCGCCUCCCAUUCCAACCUGCUGGACCCAGAUCCCCCCAGAAGAACACGACGCUUCUCUGAUGGCAGCGACAACAGAGACUCCAGCCGCUACCGCGCCCGCAGCGUCUCGCCGAACCGUAACGGUUAUGGAAACACAUUACCGCUGGUGUCAUCAGGGUACAAGAGGCUGCCUUAUCAGGACGUUCCAGACAAACCAAUCAGAACUACGCUUCUCAAAAAGAAAAUUUCAGAUGAGUACGGAUUGAAGCUGGGCAGUCAGAUCUUCAUCAAACACAUGACAGACUCAGGCCUGGCUGCCAAGGAGGGAACACUGCAGGAGGGAGACCUUAUUCUCAAGAUCAACGGCAUGACGACGGAGAAUCUGUCGCUGCUGGAGACCAAGCAUCUGGUGGAGAAGAGCAGAGGCAAACUGACCAUGACGGUCCUCAGGGACGACCGCAAGUUCCUGGUCAGCAUCCCGGAGGUGGAGGACAGCGCCCCUAACAGUGAGAACGAGCGCCGCCGAGACAGCAGCUCCGAACUAGAAGACAUUUCAGACAUCGACAUCCCCAGUCACAGAGCGUCCCGUCAUCCCACCAGGGAAAAAAGGACACGCAGAACAAGAGCUGAACCUCCACCUCCAAAGUCUCGGGAUGCAUCACCAGUACGCUCCACCCUGCCUCGUCCUCCUGCAAGAACCUUCGCUUCCCGCAGAGCUCCAUCCGAUUCAGAGUCCGACCACAGCGUCUCUCCCCCCAUCAGGAGGGCCAGCCCAGACGUGAGAGAUUACUCCAGCAAAUACAAGACUCUCCCUGGUAUGUCCACCCUGCCUAACCCCCGCUCAUCUCCUGUGGCCCAAAAGUGGACAGCCUCCCGCCCGUCCUCCAAUGCCUCACGGCCUCGCAGACCAGUAUCAGAAUCGGACUCUGAUCGCGGCGCUUCCCCUCCACCACGCAGAGAGAGCCCCACUCUAGACGGCAGAUACAAAAGUCUCUCUGAACUCCCACCUGCAGUGCUGGGAUCCUCCCCCAUCACUGUUCGCCAGGAGCCACCACGGAGGGUCAGCUCUCCUGUCCGAGUCCCAGUCCUAGACUCUGAUUCCGACCCAGACAUCGGCUUGGCGCCUCCUCAGAGGCAGAGCACCACAUACAGCCAAGACUCCCUCAGCAGAUACAGAGUCCUGCCGGAUGUUUCCCUGCAACCACAAGUGGAGCCGCCUCGAUGGAGCGCCUCCAGCAACCCGGCACAGAGAGCUGGUUCAGAAUCUGAAUCCGAGGCCAGUUACGCGUCUGUUCCUCGAAGGAAUUCUACAGACAGCACAAACUCCAACCCAGCUGCUAAAACCAGAGUAAGAGUCCUGCCUGUAAUAAAUCCUUCGCCCGUGGCUGUGAAGCAGGAUCCCCCACGGCGGGCCCCAUCACCCACGAGACCACCUCCUGAUGAUUCGUCUGAGUCAGACCAGCUGUCACAUCUCAGGAGGUCUGGGAGCUCUGAGAGAGGGGACACCCACCGCAGAGUUCCUCAGGCUGCAAAUGGCCCCCUCAUGUCUGGGAUCUCAGUGAAUAGCAACCCACCGCCCUACAACAAGCCCAUUGAAGAGCCCAUCUACUCCCUGCCUCCAGAUUCUUACCCAUCACAAAACCCAGGGUACAGCUCAGAUCUUCACACGGUGUCGUUUGUGAAGGAGGGCAGCAUCGGGUUGAGGCUUGUGGGGGGAAACGAUGUUGGUAUAUUUGUGGGUGGAGUUCAGCCCAACAGCCCGGCAUAUGAGGAGGGAAUGAAAGAGGGAGAUCAGAUCAUGCAGGUAAAUAAUGUUGACUUUGGUCAUUUCACACGCGAAGAGGCAGCCAACUACCUCCUGAAUAUCAGGAAAGGAGAGCAGGUUAAUAUCAGCACACAGAACAAGAUGGACCUUUAUAAGAAGAUCAUAAAGUCCAACCUGGCAGACAAUUUCUACAUCCGCACCCACUUUGACCACGAGGCUGAGAGCUCCAUUGGUCUGAACUUCACCCGAGGGGAGGUGUUCAGGGUGGUGGACACGAUGCACCGCGGGAAGCUCGGCAACUGGCUGGCAGUCCGCAUGGGGAACGACCUGCACGAGAUGGAUAAAGGCACCAUCCCAAACCAGGCCAGGGCGGAGACGUUUGCCAGCAUAGAGCAGGCACAGCGGGCGAGCGGAGAUAGGCAGGUGACAGGACCAAGGGCUGAGUUCUGGAAACUCAGGGGGCUCAGAGGGAACAAAAAGAAUGAAAAGAACAACCGUCGGAGUCGUGAUGACCUGCUGCAGCUCACAAUUCAGGGCAAAUUCCCGGCCUAUGAGAGAGUCCUGCUCAGAGAAGCUAAUUUCAAACGACCCAUUGUCAUCAUGGGUCCUCUUAAUGACAUUGCAAUGGAGAAGCUGACCAGAGAGAUGCCUGAUGAAUAUGAAGCAGCAGAUAUGGUUCCUCGCAGUGGAAGUGGAGACAGCGGCUCUACAGUUAUCAAACUGGACACUGUGAGGAAAAUAGCGGAGCAGGACAAGCACCCUCUUCUAGACAUCACACCUACUGCAGUGGAAAGGCUUAACUACAUCCAGUAUCAUCCAAUGGUUCUCUUUUUGGACCCUCACAGCCGCAAGGAUGUCAAAGCCAUGAGGCAGAAAUACAACCCCAACUCCAACAAAAGCUCCAGACGCCUUUACACACAGGCCCUCAAACUGAGGAAAGACUGCAGCCACCUCUUUUCAGCACGUAUCGACCUGCAGCCCGGAUCCAGUGCUUGGUAUGCGAGUCUCAAAGAUAAGAUCCGUCACCAGCAAUCAAAACCUGUCUGGGUGUCUGAAGUCACGUUGGAGAGCGGUGGAGAACAGGACUUAGAUGCUUUGGACCAAACCCAGUCGGACUACCUCAGUGCUGCCAGUGACCUGGAGGACACAGAUGGAGAACCUUUCACUGACGGAGAGGCGUACACCGACAAUGAGGAUCUGGAAGAGGCUUACCCCGGUCAGAUCGCAGCCAGGUCCUCCAGAGAUUCCAGGCAGGCUGGAACUGCUUUGGCCCGAUCUUCUGAGCCAGCUUACGGGCACUACAGCCCCACCAUGGAUGCCGAGCCUCAAGCAGACACAUACUCCCUCAGAGAAAUCCCACCCUUGAUGCACGUACCUGAGCCUCGAUCGCAUCGCCAGGAGAGCCCCAGCCCGCCUCAAAGCCCCGCUGAGCAGGAUGACCCAACUCUGCGAAGUUUCACAGACUCAGAUUUCAGUGCUCUCGAUAUCAUUCACCCAACCACUCCAUCAGACGGACCCCCAGAUUUUAUUGCCCCUGACCCCACCCCCCGGUACUCCGUGAAUGAGCCAUCCUAUGCUGCUGCUGAGGUGCAGCCUGAGAGCCUGCCAAAGCCCAAGCUGUCUGUUAUUGAGGAGAAACUUCAAGCGAUUAACAAAGCCCGCUCUGGAGAACCGCAGCCACAGGCACAACCUGAGGCGAGGCAGGGAAAUUUUCUUGUGAUCGCACAUCAUCACCAGGCAGUCCAGUUCAGACGCACACAGAUCCGAGGCAGCGACAGCUCGGAUGAUGAGGAGAACGAGGCUGAGGACUUUGAAUGGGGCCCUGCAACAGAACUUUAGAGUCUGCAUUGGGGAGCUGAGCUGAAGUCUGCUGCUUUACCAAGGACACGACAAUUAUUCACUCCACUAAGAAACUGUUGAAUCUAGAUCAUUUUUUACAUGCUUUGCUGCAGAAGCAAACUUUUGUGGUCACCUCGCCAAGGUUUGGAAUUCUAAAGAUUCUUGUGUCAAGAUUUCUGCAACCUUCUACAGAUAAUUAAAACAUUUGACAUCAGAAGACCAAAAACACAUGAAUGCUAAGAUCAAAGUGCCUGAUUUGUUUUUAUAGUUUGUAAUAAGAUUAUUGAAUGUUGAAUAAACCAACCUGCUCUUUGUCAUUUCUACUUUAUGUAACCAAUAAAAUAUGUAAUUUUA